AUGCCGAACUAUAUUUGCAAAACGUGUGGGGUCCAGUUCGCCAAGUCUCCAGAGCCCCCCGCUGAGUGUCCGAUCUGCUUGGACCCACGCCAGUACGUUGGCUGGGAAGGUCAACAGUGGACAACUAUGGAUGAGCUUCUGAAGAAUGGGUACCGUAACGACGUCCGAGUCGAAGAGGCUGGUCUCCUGGGUAUUGGUAUUACUCCUUCGUUUACCAUCGGGCAGCGGGCAUUGCUGGUACAGACUCCGGGAGGCAAUAUACUGUACGACUGCGUGAGCCUAUUGGAUGACGAGGCGGUCUCACAGAUAGAGGACGCUGGCGGAAUCGACUUCAUUUGCUUCUCACAUCCGCACUUCUACGAUAGCAAUGUGGAGUACAGUAGGACAUUCGGUGGUGCACCGAUCAUCAUUCCUGAAGCCGACCGCGAGCAUGUUAUGCGUUCCGACCCUGCGAUAGAGUACUGGGACGGCAGUCCACGCGAGCUUGUUCCCGGGGUUACGCUCAUCCAAUGUGGGGGACACUUCGAGGGAGUGCGGUCUUGCACUGGUCGUAUGGUCGCAGACGGAGCGGGGGCACUGCUUGUGGGAGACAGUAUAACUGUCGUGCCGGACCGACGAUUCGUCAGCUUCAUGACGAGCUAUCCGAACCUGAUCCCGAUGUCCGAGGCCAAGGUGCGUGGCAUUGUUGAGGCAGUCGAACCCUAUGAAUUCGAUCGGAUUUACGGUGGAUGGUGGGGCCGGAACGUCGUGUCAGGUGCCAAGGAAGCAGUAAGGCGGUCGGCUGCGCGUUACAUCGAGCAUAUGUCUCGGGAGUAA